AUGGCCUCCGCAGCUGCCCCCGAUGCGAAGAUUCAGGAGCUCUUAGCGAAGCCGCGCGCCGAGCUGACCGAAUAUGAGAUCGGCCUCCUCGAAACCCACGAAUUCACUUCUGGUCCUCUGUCGCUCCUCCAAACCGCCGUGCGCAACCAUGCGCAAGUCCUGAUUUCGUGCCGCAACAACCGCAAAAUGCUCGCGCGCGUAAAAGCCUUCGACCGACACUGCAACAUGGUUCUGGAGAACGUCAAGGAGAUGUGGACGGAAGUUCCAAGAUUGACGGAUGGCAAGAAGGGCCGCCCAGUGAACAAGGACCGGUUCAUCAGCAAGAUGUUCUUGAGGGGUGAUAGUGUGAUUUUGGUGCUGUUGAGUUGAAGGGAUUUCGGGAGAAUGAAAUGGACCGCAUGAGUGGGAUCUGCAUUGUGAAGAGGCUUUCAGCGGGCGGAGGAAUGCAGAGAAGGGACACGAGAGCGAACGAUGAUUGAGGAAGGGAUCUGU